CGACGUAUCAAUCCUGUCGCGGGAAGGAUUUAUUAGCGCGAGUGAAAAAAACUAUAAGCUAAAAAAAGGCGGAAUAAUCAAGUUCAAGUCGAUACGGUCGACAACACGGGGCACCACGUGUCCACCUCGAUGACGGUGGUGGACACGCACACGCCUGUCUAAAAAUAUCCGCAGUUUAGUGAGAGUCGCUCGAUCGUGUCCAUCCAGGGCCGAUCGGCCGCGAAGUGAGGAAGAAAUGGAUCUGACGCGGUACCGCAAGAUCAUAAUUUAUGUGCUGACGUUCCUGGCGUAUGCCUGGUCCGGUUACGGCGCCGGGUUAUUGACAAAUCUACGUGACGCGGUAUUGGCGGCGGAGACGGUCUUCCACGACCUCUUCGCCAACGCCAUAACCGUGGCGAAGAAGAUCAAGGACAUACACGAGGUGUUCGAUGCCGCCGUAGAGGAGCACUGCGUCUUCAAGUGUCCUGACGGAUCCACGCCGAAGGCAAACUGGAAUCACACACCGCGAAGUGACGGAUGCGGAUCCCUUGGUAUUCAGGUGAAUCAAGAAUACCUUCCACUCGCUGAAAUGACAAAGUGCUGCGACGCUCACGACAUUUGUUACGACACUUGCAACACAGAUAAGGAGAAGUGCGAUCUAGAAUUCAAAAGAUGUCUUUACAAAUAUUGUGACACGUAUCAAACCACCGCCGGCAGUAUCGUCAAGACGUGUAAAGCUGCGGCCAAGGCUCUUUUCACGGGAACGAUUACGUUGGGUUGCAAGAGUUUCCUCGACGCUCAGAAACAGGCAUGUUACUGUCCCGACAAGUGGAGCAAAAAUAAGAAACCGAAGAAAGCGGCGCAGACCGGAGGAGAAUUAUAACGUUGCAUAUAUAAUAUAAUAUAAAAAUAAUAAUAUGAUGUAUUUAUACAAAGUGUAUUAAAUGGAGCAGAAAUUUGUAAAUUUUGGAUUUACUAACAAAAGCCAGGAUUUUUGUAACGCCGUUCUCCUC